CGUGGCCUUUGACCUCGCCGGUGUUUGGCGGCGAUCAAUGCGGGUUUAGGAGUCACGUGUGUUGCGGGCGGCUGGGGCUGUGUUGGGCUGCAGGCGGCGCGGCAGGACGGCCGGGUUGCUGGACGGGCGGUGCGUCAGGUUUACUUGCGGGGCCCGCAGCUAGCAUGAACACGGCCGCACCAUGAGGAGACGCCUCCCGGCAUGGCUGCGGAUGUUCACCUCCUGGGUAUGGAUUAGCUGGCUCUGUAAAGAAACGCUGGCAGCAGAGGCGGAGGAGCGGCUUGUCCAGAGGCUGUUCAACGAGUCCCGCUACAACCCGCUGAUCCGACCUGCCAGGUAUAACGGCGAGAAAGUCCUGGUCCACUUCCGUCUGUCCAUCUCUCAACUCAUUAACGUGGACGAGAAGAACCAGAAAAUGAAAACAAACGUCUGGCUUCACCAGGAGUGGUUUGACUACAGACUGUCCUGGGACCCUAAGGAGUAUGACAACAUCAAAGUCAUCCGGGUCCCGUCAGAAAUUGUCUGGAGACCAGAAAUUGUUCUUUUCAACAAUGCUAACGGCCAGUAUGACGUCCAACUGAUGCCGAAAUGCCUGAUCUACUCCGGAGGGAACAUCACAUGGAUCCCACCUGCCAUAUACGAGAGCGCCUGUCAGAUCGACGUGCGCUUCUUCCCGUUCGACCAGCAGAACUGCUCCAUGAAGUUCGCGUCUUGGACGUACGACGGCACAGAGCUGGACCUGGAGCUGAAGGACCGCAAUGCCGUCAUGGAUGACUUCAAGAAGAACGGCGAGUGGGACAUCCUCAGGUUGCCUGGCAGAAAAAGUUCUUAUGCUGGAGAUCCACUUCCGUAUGUUUACUUUGACUUCAUCUUGAUGAGAAGGCCGCUGUUCUACACCAUUAAUCUGAUCAUCCCGUGUAUCCUCAUCACGUCCCUGUCGGUGCUUGUGUUCUACCUGCCGUCCGACUGUGGGGAGAAGAUCACACUCAGCAUCUCCGUACUGCUGGCCCUGACUGUGUUCCUGCUGCUGAUUGCAGACAUCAUCCCUCCGACUUCUCUGGACGUGCCGCUGAUCGGGAAGUACAUCAUGUUCACCAUGAUUUUCGUCACCUUCACAAUAGUCACGACAGUGUACAUAUUGAACGUUCACCACCGUCACCCCAGCACGCACACGAUGCCGCCCUGGGUCAGAACGGUUUUCCUGGACAAACUGCCCAGGCUGCUACUGAUGAAAAGGCCGGUGUUGCACCGCAGGUUCAGCACGGUGGACGUGUGGGACCCCCCGCAGCCUUUUCUAUCCACUCCUCCCUCCAGCCUCCUCCACCAUUCCACGUCCUCGCUACAUCACCGCACGGAAACCGCAAGCAUGCUGGGAAAUCACGUGGACGCAGACGACAGCGACACGUGUUUGAAAGCAAAGUCCGCCAUUUUGUACGAGAACCAGUGCCGAAAGUACGCGUUGCGUGUGUCGGAGUCGAGCGCGCGGAACCCUCACGAGGACUUCCCAGAGGACCACACGGACAGCCCGUACUACUCCCCACGGACACGCCCGGCACACACGCACUACAAGCAGGUCGACCUGCCACCUGAGGUGCCCUCAGAUCUACCACCAGAGCUGAAAAAGGCCGUGAAAAACGUCAGAUACAUUGCGGAUUACUUCCGGAGUCACGACCAAGACCUCAGCAUAUCAGAGGACUGGAAGUACGUCGCCAUGGUGAUCGACCGUAUCUUCCUGUGGACCUUUGUGUCGGUGUGUUUUAUCGGCACGCUCGGCCUCUUCCUGCAGCCGCUGCUGUUCGGCAACACCCUAGCCGAGGAUGAGUAGCCGCCAGGGGGCGCUUCUUCACGUUCCCUGGAAAAUCAUGACUGCAGAAGAACGAACAUGGCGGACCUGUGCGUUCAAUUUUCAGCUGCUGGCACCUCGCCAACUGAUGAACAAACAGAGGCGAUCUUUGCCAGAUCUCUGACGCAGAUAUUUGAACAACACCAACACAUCUGUCCCUAAUAUGGGAAGGGCUAAUAACACGCCUGUCCCUGGUCUGGGUAGGGCUACAUGUCAUUGGUAUGGGCAGGGCUAACACCCGUCCCUGACAUGUGCCUGUUGUGGGUAGGGCCAACACACCAGUCCCUGUUACGAGUAUUGCUAACACACUUGUCUCUGAUCUAAGCAGCGCUAACAUACCUGUUCCUGGUGUUGGUAGGGCUAACAUAGCUGCCCCAGGACUUGGCCCGGUUACUGAAACUGGUAAGGAAACCAGAGGAUCUGUGUUUGGUGUGAACAUGUGAAGCGGAAUUGGUACCUCUCACUACACCAUCGGAUGGAUCUUACUGUACAAUUAGGGCUAAACUCUAGAACUUUUGAGUGCAAAUAUUGCUGUUUACUUCAUCUUUGGCAGGCUGUACAAAAUGUAGCAAGCAUAAGGUAUUUAUAAACUGAUUUUAAGUAAUGGAACUGACUUUGUUGUUAUCUUUUUUUUCUUUAUACAGACAUUUACAUUUAUUGACGAGCUGUCUUGAACAUACGUUUUUUAGUUUAAGUUUGUCAUGUACAUAUUGCUGGGACUUUUUUCCGUUUAUAAACUUGAAGGCAUCGUUCAAAAUAUAACAUUUUAGUAAGGAAUUUUAGAAUGUUAGUUUUUAGAACCAACGCGUUGUAUAUACAAGCAUAAAAUGUGUAUAAACUGUUGAGUAUGAGGGUAAACUUCAUGAUGCCCCUUUAACACAGGAGUCUAACAGUAGUAGAUAAAGAGAGUCAAGCUUACAAACUGGUUAGUAGAAUAGAACAUUCAAAUUUGUAGAUAACACACAGUAAAGCACGGAGACAUUAUAGUACAGAGCAUUUUUAUCUGACUGAGAACCGUCAAGAGACUGACCCUUUGUGUUCUGAAGUUUGUUGAAUCUGAAGCUUCACUAGUGGUAUUUUGACAUACAGAAGUGGGGAUGUCUGGAAAUAGAAAUGGGACUUUUCCUGUACUUCUGCUGUUCAACAUCAUUCCAAUGGGAAUGAAAUAUGAUAAAUGAACUUACAGAAAUGACAAUUAACAAUAGAAUUUCCGCACCGAAUCUCCAAGUCAUAUACCGAUGAAUUAGUUGGCCAAAAUGCAGACUUUGUAGAAAUAUGGAAAAUGUCCCUUCUGUGACCUAACCGUAAUCAAUGUUCACUAUGUAAUAAAACUUUGUGGUUGGUACAGGACAUUUUUGUUACGUUGGAAAACCAUGAAACAAAGUAUGAUUCAAAAAGAAGAAAGAGAUGACAAUACUAAAAUAACAAAGUGAUAUUUUAUCUGGUCAUUUACAUUUUCCAUUAUUGAGGUCAAACUAUAUACUGUUGUCUAUAUGUAUACUUAAUAUAACAUAAACAGCCUUCAAGUGAUGUAAUUAAGAUUUUGAACUUGUUGGGCAGUUUUUAACACACCUGGGUGGCUGGAUGCGGGGCAGUUGAACAGAUCUCUCCGGGAAACUCAUGAAUGUAUUGUGUCAUCACCAUGGCGAUUGAUUGAUUAAUUAA